CUCACGUCACGUGUACAUAUUAUGUAUGUAUAUACGUUCGUACGUACACGUGACGGUGCGACAGGUUAGUCGCUUGUCAUCAGUCAUCCUGGUUAUUAAUUUCAUUUACAUAUCGAAUUAAAGCGACUCUUUUCAAUAAAAAACACGAACAAGAUGACGACGAAGAAAGGUAAAGUAUUGACCAAGGGUGCGAAGCAAAUAAAGGAGGAGAAUGUCUCCACAUUGAGUUUCUACAUCUACAUGGCUUUAGGCGCAAUGGGAAUUCAUUUUGCCAUGACGAUGGUGUUAUUCGAAUUCACCAUGCUGACGAUAAGUCUAACGGCAUUUUCUGCAAUUGUAUAUAUAGGAAGCUAUCAGUUCAUGUCAUACAUGGCCCGCGCCACGUAUUCAGAAUCUGGCCAGCUCCUGGACUCUGGUGUCGAUCUCAACAUGGAAGGUGGCAUAGCAGAACAUGUUAAAGAUUUAAUUAUAUUGACGUCGGGAGUGCAAAUCUUGUCUCUCAUUUCAAAUUACUUCUGGUUAUUGUGGCUUUUGGUACCAAUAAGGGGGAGCUGGAUGCUCUGGAAGCAGAUUUUAGCUCCGUGGUUCUUCGCCCAGCCACAAGAACAAUCUGAGAUAAGUGAAAAGAAGAUGCGCAAGCUAGAGAGGAAAAUGGCGAAACGACAUCAAUGAGAAUUCCUUGUUGCUGUAUAAUAAGAAAAUUCUAUUGAAUGACAAUUUAACUACAGGGAAUGGAUAGUGAAUUCAAGAAACACUAGAAAGAGAAAGAAGUUUAGGGGAGUUAAGAGUUUUUUCUUGAUGUCUAGGACAUUGAGAUUACGCGGUGGGUUCGGCAUUUACAUAGGAUAUUAAAUGGAACAAGACUUUGGAAGUUUUACGAAAAUAUACGAAAUAGAGCAGAGAAACAUUUUGAUAGGACUAAGUGGAAAUGCAAAUUGAGAAAUCGAUUUCGUCUUCGUCUCUUUGUAUUCGAACAAUUAAUUCUCGGCAGACUGCAAUCCUCUUUAUAUGUUUCUGGAGUCGAGGUACUUCUUAUUUGAUAAUAUUAGUGACUUUAUUCCUAUAUAUAAAUCGAAGGCAAUACUAAAUUAUUAUUAUUAUAAAAUUAAAUAUAUUCAAUACGUUUUUCCUUAACAUAUAUUUGUUAUUGCGGUAAAUAUUGUCACAGGCCUCAAUGAAUUGGAAAAGAUGAAGCCCAUCUCGGAUGGUCCAGGAAGAUCCAGAUUCAAACCCUGGCUGGAAUAUAUUUUUCGAAAUAGAUUCUUCAUAGUGUUUUUAGAUGCUUAUUAGCAUCAUUAAAAUGAUCAUCAAUUUAAUUUGUGAUAUUACUAUUACAACUUCAAUUUAUGAUUGCAUUUCAAGUUGGUACGUAAUUUAUAGAAUUGCAAAUGUAUUAAAAUUUAAUAGAAAUAUUAGGUACCAAAAUUCCGAUCUCAACCAUAUUGUGCAUCUCUAAUUGUUAUUCAAUAUAAGCGAGUUAGUUUAACUUAUCGUUUAAAUACAUUUAUGUACGAAAAAUAUUACAUUAAUAUAUUAAUAAGUAUUAUCUUUUCAUCAGCUUAUACAUAUAAGAAAUAAAAUUGAAAGGAAUAAAAUCGUUGCUAUGUAAGAAGUAUCUCGACACUUUUUAUCUAUCUUUGUUAAUGCUAAUGUAAAUGAUCUUUUUUAUAAUUAUAGCGAUUAUAAUUAUAGAAUUAUAAUACAGUAAUGCUCAGUUUUUUAAAAAUCUUCCAUGUAUGUGUGAGAAUUUAAAUAAUAUAAACAGUGGUGAACAGGUGCCUUCAUGGAAUUAAAGAUAACGAAUGACAUUGAAAUACACGUUUAAGUGAUGGAUAAAAAUCGAAUAAUAGAUAUGACAUAAUACUUGUGUGUAUAUUGUACGUUUGAAAGUUCAGUCGUUCUCCUUUUGGUGCAAAUGGAUUAUGGUUAAUUGUGGUUAUUAUAUAUAUCAGUUAUAUUAUUAUUUAACGAUAUAAAUAAAUCAUUUACUAUUUAUUAAAUUGUGGAAGUUGAUGAAUCGACGCAUCACAGUUGCAUUUAAAUCUAAUGUACUGUAUAUACCUUAUAAUUAUAUUCUUUGUUUGGGAAUGCAAACUUAUGUUUAGCGAUUCGGUUUUGUGUAAACGAUUGUGUACUUAUUUAUAUUAAUCGUUGGACUCUAUUCUCUGUACAUUGGUCGCGGAAUGUUUUGUAUAAUGCGCGAUGAAUUUCAAUCCCUUUUAAAGUUAGGCCAACGUUUGUACUUUAAUGUCUAACGUUAAACGUGUUUAAUUCACAGCUUUCGUUUUGGCUUUCGUGUAUGCACACAUGACUGUUCAGUGAAAAUCACAAUUCAAUUUGUAUUAAUUAACGUUAUUUAAUUAUAUAUCUAUAUCUAAAUGACCUGACGAAUUAUUUUGACAAAAAAUUUUUGUGAAGAAAAACAGGUAAUAUAGCAAAUAAGAGGGAUAACAUGUAAAUAAAUGCAUGAGAAACAAAAAGUUACUCUUUGGAAAUUGGAAGAUUGAAUAAUAACUGUAUAAAUAGGAAA